UGCUGUCUCCAUCUUUGAUGGAAAGCACUGGCUCGUAUGGUCCGGAACUAUGGAGUCCUACCUGGAACAUCAGGGGAUCUCAUAUGUGCUGACCGAAAUGGCGCCGACUGAAGUCAAAGCUACCGAUGGCUCUGUGACCAACGCAUCGGAGAUCAAGCAAUGGAAGCAUGAUGAUCUCAGGGCAAAGGGCAGCAUUAAGUUGCGCCUGACUGAGGGAGUCAUUGCCAACAUUCCAACCGCCAACAUAGUGUCAGCUGCCAAGAUCUGGGAGCACCUGAAGACCCAGUACGGUGGUGCUCAGUGCGCCGACCUAUAUGCGUACUUCCAAACCGCGUUGAACGCCAAGUACAACGUGGGGUUGCACCCGGAUCCACAGCUGCUGGUGAUCACUACGGCGUUCGCUCGCCUGGAGAAUGAGUCUUUGAGCAUCCCUGAGUUCCUCAGAGCGAUGAUCAUUCUCAACAUAGUGUGACAAUCAACCCAAAAACAAAGUCGAAAAGAGAAGUGAAUUCGAAGACUGGAGAAUACAACCAAGUAGCUACAGUAUUUAUACCCAAAUCCAGUCUGAGUCAUA